AUGGCGAGCACUACCAAGGUAGUGGUGAUCUUUGGCAUUCUUGUUUUACUGCAGGUGUCAUGCACCGCCAGUCAGGUCCGCGACCUCCCGGCGGUGAUGUCGGUAAACGGCUUUGAGAACGGAGAGGAGGGCGGGCCAGCGAGCUGCGACGGCCAGUACCACAGCGACGACCUCUUCCUGGUGUCGAUGGCUUCAAAGUGGUACGGGCCCGGCCUCCGGUGCGGCAAGAUGAUCAGCAUCAAGAGAUUGAUCGGGACCUCCGUGCAGGCCAUGGUCGUGGACGAUUGCGGGGACGGCUGCGGAGAUAACGAGAUCAGUACAUCGGCUGCUGUGUGGAAGGCCCUGGGGAUCGACACCAGUACCGGCGAGGUUCCGGUCCUCUGGUCGGACGUCUAA